UGGAUCAGCCACACAGGAAAAAAAGAAAGAAGUUAAAAUCAACUCACAUUUAGAGGAGGGAGGGAGAGAAGGGGGAGAAAACGCCCUGGAAACUUGGUUGGUCGAGAAAUAGGAAAGGAGUCACAGAAGCCUAACAUACUGCAAAGCUGUGACUGGAAGAAGUGCAUUUGGGCUGGGGAGAAGGAGAGGGGACACGUUUUCCAGGAUGCUCGAGCUCGUGUGAGGCUUCGUGGGCGCAAAGACUGCGCACAGCAGAAGUCAAGACAGGAGAACCCUAGCAGCCGACUGAAGCCCUUGGCAUUGCUUGAGCAAUCCAGGGAAAACCACGGUACAGUUUCUGACACACCAGGGGUUAAAUAGAGGAACGCAAACCAAAGAUGGCUGACGAGGAAGAAACCAGGGAAGUGCUCUUUCCAGACUGGGAAGGGCCGGACAAAACUGGCCUGACCAUAGAACGGACAAGUGAAGGAGAGAUCUUUGUUAAGGAGGUGAAAGGAGAGUCACCUGCAGCGCGGUCUGGAAAAGUAUAUGAAGGUGAUCAAAUUGUGGGAGCCACUAUUUACUUUGAUAACAUGAGCUCAGAAGAAACAUCUGAUCUACUGAAGACAUUGAACCGCCACAAGGUUGGACUGAAACUACAAAACAAAGGAGACAAAUCCCCCUGCUGCUCUCCCUUGAGCACACCAUGUCGUUCACCAAUGGGCACACUGACAUGGGAAGGGAAGACCCGGUUUGGAGGCUCUAGUCCAGACAUCAUCCUUAGUGGAGAUGAUGAGGACUACAAGAGAAUAUACACAAAAAAGAUAAAACCAAGGCUGAAGUCUGAAGACCUUGCAGAGGGAGUAGAUGUUCGUACAGAGCGGCACAGCAGCACAAGCAGUGAUGGCAGCACAAUUACUACCAUCACCCGACGCAUCACUACCUACACCGUGGAUAUGCCAGGUGGCAUAAGUGAGGAACUUUCAAGCCCAGAGUUCAAGGGGCUAAGGCACGAAUCUGGAGAUGGAUCUCCUCGUUUCAGAAUCUCACAUGGCAGCCCUUCAGGUAAAGAGGGAACAGAGGAGGGAGAUUUUGAGUCAAGCAAUGUCUCUUACUCUGGACCACAUCUUAGCUCCACAGAGACACACUGGGGCAGUGGGGAUGUUAAGACCACAACAAUAACAAGAGAGAAAGAAAAAGAUAGAAAUACAGGUCUCGGAUUUAAAGGGCCAAACUUUGGAAUAACAGGUGGUAGCCAGGGGGACUUUGAGAUCUCAAGAGGAAGUGGAGAGCAAGGAGGUGGAAGCUUUCAGGUGUCAGGAACAAGCAUGACACUAGGAGACAGCACAAACACUGGGAGUUGGCAUGUUACAAAAGGAGAGUUGGGAGGUGCCGAGGUGAUCUCUACUGAUGAAGGGUCAAUUAGUAUGUCUUUACCAGGAAAGGGCAUACAGAUUUUGACUACAUCGAUUGAUAAAACACAGGAGGGAAGCGUUGAGACCAGUUUAGGUGAGCGAAAAAAGGUGAGGGUAUCUGAAAUUACCAUCAGUCACCCACAAGCAAAAGGAUCAGGCAGUAUUGAUAUUCCGAAGGUCAGACAAGGUGAAGAUUCCAUUGAUAUUGAUACUGAAUUGACAGGUGGCAGGAUAGGAGGAUCAGCAAAAACAUUAGGCAGCGUUUCCUCCGGAUAUUCCACAGGGCAAGGCAAGAUUUCAAUGGCAGGUGUGGAUGUAACAGUGCCAAAGACAGAGGGAGAACUUAAGGCACCCAAAGUAGACUUUAAAGGUCCAAAUGUUAACAUUGAGGGGAAAGAAGUGGAUUUGCCUCAGAUAAAGAUACCAUCAUCUGGGACUCCUGGGGUUGCUGUUAAAACACCACAAGUUGUUGUUGGAAGCAGUGGUGUAAAAAUAAAAGGACCAAAGAUGCCAGGUGUGGAUAUCACACUUGAAGGUCAAAAAGUUGAGAGAGAGGUCGAUAUAAAAAUACCAAAGAUUGAAGGAGAUGUUGGUUCUCCAAAAGCUGGCAUUAAAAUUAAAGCUCCUGAAGUGGACAUUAAUGCACAAGAAAUUGACAUUAAAACUCCUAGCGGUAAUAUCAAAGGAUCAAAAUUCGUUGUGUCACCAUUUUCAGGAACGAAGGUCUCCAUGCCAAAUGUGGAUUUAAGCAGCAAAGGUCCCAAACUCAAAAGUGAUGUGGACAUAUCGGCUCCAACCAAGGUUGACAUCCAAGGACCAGAGUUUGAUAUUGCAGGGCCUAAGGGUGGAUUUGAAAUGCCGAAAAUCAAAAAACCCUCAUUCAGCCUAAAAGGUCCCAAAGUUGAGGGUCCAGAUGUUGAUAUAAAAGUCCCCGAAGCAAACAUCUAUGUGAAAGGACCUGACGUUGGCAAUAAAGCUCCAGAUAUUGAAAUCGAAGGCCCUGAUACAAAAGUCAAAGGACCAAAAUCCAGCCUUCCAAAAAUUUCAGGACCAAACCUCUCAAUGCCAAAUGUGGACAUCAAACUAAAAGGUCCAAAACUCAACAGUGAUGUGGAAUUGUCUACUCCAAAGAUAGAGGGAGACAUUAAGACACCCGAGGUUGACAUCAAAGGACCAGAGUUUGAUUUUGCAGGGCCUAAGGGUGGAUUUGAAAUGUCGAAAAUCAAAAUGCCCUCUUUUAACCUUAAAGGUCCCAAAGUUGAGGGUCCAGAUCUUGAUAUGAAAGUGCCCGAAGCAAGCAUCGAUGUGAAAGGACCGAAAGUUGACAUUAAAGCUCCAGGAAUUGAUAUUGAAGGCCCUGAUGCAAAGGUCAAAGGACCCAAAUUCAAUCUGCCAACAAUUUCAGCACCCAAAGUCUCCAUGCCAGAUUUUGAUUGGAAACUAAAAGGUCCAAACCUCAACAGUGAUGUUGAAGUGUCUACACCAAAGAUAGAGGGAGACAUAAAAACACCUGAGAUGGAUAUCAAUGUACCAGAUGUUGACAUUGACGGCAGCAGUGGUGGAUUUAAAAUGCCAAAGAUUAAAAUUCCAUCUUUUGGCAUUAAAGGUCCCAAAGUUGAGGGACCAGAUGUUGAUAUAAAAGUCCCCGAAGCAAAAAUUGAAAUGAAAGGACCUGACGUUGACAUUAAAGGUCAAGGAAUUGACAUUGAAGGCCCUGAUGCAAAGGUCAAAGGACCCAAAUUCAAUCUGCCAACAAUUUCCGCACCCAAAGUCUCCAUGCCAGAUUUUGAUUGGAAACUAAAAGGUCCAAACCGCAACAGUGAUGUUGAAGUGUCUACUCCAAAGAUAGAGGGAGACAUAAAAACACCUGAGAUGGAUAUCAAUGUACCAGAUGUUGACAUUGAGGGCAGCAGUGGUGGAUUCAAAAUGCCAAAGUUUAAAAUUCCAUCAUUUGGCAUUAAAAGCCCUAAAUUAGAAGGGUCAGAGGCUGAUACAAGCCUUCCCAAAGCAAACGUUGACAUAGAAGCUCCUGAAUUUGACAUCCAAGCACCAGAGCUUGAUAUUGCAGGGCCUAAGGGUGGAUUUGAAAUGCCAAAAAUCAAAAUGCGCUCUUCUAACAUUAAAGGUCCCAAAGUGGAGGGUCCAGAUAUUGAUAUAAAAGUCCCUGACGCAAACAUCGAUGUGAAAGGACCUAAAGUUGACAUUAAAGCUCCAGCAAUUGACAUUGAAGAACCUGACACAAAGGUCAAAGGACCGACUCUCAGCCUUCCAACAAUUUCAGGACCAAACCUGUCAAUGCCAAAUGUGGACUUUAAACUCAAAGGUCCAAAACACAAAGGUGAAAUGGAUUUGUCUUCUCCAAAGAUAGAGGGAGACAUAAAAACACCUGAGAUGGAUAUCAAUGUACCAGAUGUUGACAUUGAGGGCAGCAGUGGUGGAUUUAAAAUGCCAAAGAUUAAAAUUCCAUCAUUUGGCAUUAAAGGUCCCAAAGUUGAGGGACCAGAUGUUGAUAUAAAAGUCCCCGAAGCAAACAUUGAAAUGAAAGGACCUGACGUUGACACUAAAGCUCCAGGAAUUGAUAUUGAAGGCCCUGAUGCAAAAAUCAAAGGACCCAAAUUCAGCAUGCCAACAAUUUCCGCACCCAAAGUCUCCAUGCCAGAGGUGGAUUGGAAACUAAAAGGUCCAAAACUCAAAAGUGAUGUGGAAUUGUCUACUCCAAAGAUAGAGGGAGACAUAAAGACACCCGAGGUUGACAUCAAAGGACCAGAGUUUGAUAUUGCAGGGCCUAAGGGUGGAUUUGAAAUGCCGAAAAUCAAAAUACCCUCUUUGAACCUUAAAGGUCCCAAAGUUGAGGGUCCAGAUGUUGAUAUGAAAGUGUCCAAAGCAAGCAUCGAUGUGAAAGGACCGAAAGUUGACAUUAAAGCUCCAGGAUUUGAUAUUGAAGGCCCUGAUGCAAAAGUCAAAGGACCCAAAUUCAGCAUGCCAACAAUUUCCGCACCCAAAGUCUCCAUGCCAGAGUUGGAUUGGAAACUAAAAGGUCCAAAACUCAACAGUGAUGUUGAAGUGUCUACACCAAAGAUAGAGGGAGACAUAAAAACACCCGAGAUGGAUAUCAAUGUACCAGAUGUUGACAUUGAGGGCAGCAGUGGUGGAUUUAAAAUGCCAAAGUUUAAAAUUCCAUCAUUUGGCAUUAAAGGUCCCAAAGUUGAGGGACCAGAUGUUGAUAUAAAAGUCCCCGAAGCAAACAUUGAAAUGAAAGGACCUGACGUUGACAUUAAAGCUCCAGGAAUUGAUAUUGAAGGCCCUGAUGCAAAAAUCAAAGGACCCAAAUUCAGCAUGCCAACAAUUUCCGCACCCAAAGUCUCCAUGCCAGAGUUGGAUUGGAAACUAAAAGAUCCAAAGCUCAACAGUGAUGUGGAAUUGUCUACUCCAAAGAUAGAGGGAGACAUAAAGACACCCGAGGUUGACAUCAAAGGACCAGAGUUUGAUAUUGCAGGGCCUAAGGGUGGAUUUGAAAUGCCGAAAAUCAAAAUACCCUCUUUUAACCUUAAAGGUCGGAAAGUUGAGGGUCCAGAUGUUGAUAUGAAAGUGCCCGAAGCAAACAUCGAUGUGAAAGGACCGAAAGUUGACAUUAAAGCUCCAGGAAUUGAUAUUGAAGGCCCUGAUGCAAAAGUCAAAGGACCCAAAUUCAGCAUGCCAACAAUUUCCGCACCCAAAGUCUCCAUGCCAGAGUUGGAUUGGAAACUAAAAGGUCCAAAACUCAACAGUGAUGUUGAAGUGUCUACUCCAAAGAUAGAGGGAGACAUAAAAACACCUGAGAUGGAUAUCAAUGUACCAGAUGUUGACAUUGAGGGAAGCAGUGGUGGAUUUAAAAUGCCAAAGUUUAAAAUUCCAUCAUUUGGCAUCAAAGGUCCCAAAGUUGAGGGACCAGAUGUUGAUAUAAAAGUCCCCGAAGCAAAAAUUGAAAUGAAAGGACCUGACGUUGACAUUAAAGCUCCAGGAAUUGACAUUGAAGGCCCUGAUGCAAAAAUCAAAGGACCCAAAUUCAGCAUGCCAACAAUUUCCCCACCCAAAGUCUCCAUGCCAGAGUUGGAUUGGAAACUAAAAGGUCCAAAGCUCAACAGUGAUGUGGAAUUGUCUACUCCAAAGAUAGAGGGAGACAUAAAGACACCCGAGGUUGACAUCAAAGGACCAGAGUUUGAUAUUGCAGGGCCUAAGGGUGGAUUUGAAAUGCCGAAAAUCAAAAUACCCUCUUUUAACCUUAAAGGUCGGAAAGUUGAGGGUCCAGAUGUUGAUAUGAAAGUGCCCGAAGCAAACAUCGAUGUGAAAGGACCGAAAGUUGACAUUAAAGCUCCAGGAAUUGAUAUUGAAGGCCCUGAUGCAAAAGUCAAAGGACCCAAAUUCAGCAUGCCAACAAUUUCCGCACCCAAAGUCUCCAUGCCAGAGUUGGAUUGGAAACUAAAAGGUCCAAAACUCAACAGUGAUGUUGAAGUGUCUACUCCAAAGAUAGAGGGAGACAUAAAAACACCUGAGAUGGAUAUCAAUGUACCAGAUGUUGACAUUGAGGGAAGCAGUGGUGGAUUUAAAAUGCCAAAGUUUAAAAUUCCAUCAUUUGGCAUCAAAGGUCCCAAAGUUGAGGGACCAGAUGUUGAUAUAAAAGUCCCCGAAGCAAACAUUGAAAUGAAAGGACCUGACGUUGACAUUAAAGCUCUAGGAAUUGACAUUGAAGGCCCUGAUGCAAAAAUCAAAGGACCCAAAUUCAGCAUGCCAACAAUUUCCGCACCCAAAGUCUCCAUGCCAGAGGUGGAUUGGAAACUAAAAGGUCCAAAACUCAACAGUGAUGUUGAAGUGUCUACUCCAAAGAUAGAGGGAGACAUAAAAACACCUGAGAUGGAUAUCAAUGUACAAGAUGUUGACAUUGAUGGCAGCAGUAGUGGAUUUAAAUUGCCAAAGAUUAAAAUUCCAUCAUUUGGCAUUAAAGGUCCCAAAGUUGAGGGACCAGAUGUUGAUAUAAAAGUCCCCGAAGCAAACAUUGAAAUGAAAGGACCUGACGUUGACAUUAAAGCUCCAGGAAUUGACAUUGAAGGCCCUGAUGCAAAAAUCAAAGGACCCAAAUUCAGCAUGCCAACAAUUUCCGCACCCAAAGUCUCCAUGCCAGAGGUGGAUUGGAAACUAAAAGGUCCAAAACUCAAAAGUGAUGUGGAAUUGUCUACUCCAAAGAUAGAGGGAGACAUAAAGACACCCGAGGUUGACAUCAAAGGACCAGAGUUUGAUAUUGCAGGGCCUAAGGGUGGAUUUGAUAUGCCGACAAUCAAAAUACCCUCUUUUAACCUUAAAGGUCCCAAAGUUGAGGGUCCGGAUGUUGAUAUGAAAGUGCCCGAAGCAAACAUUGAUGUGAAAGGACCAAAAGUUGACAUUAAAGCUCCAGGAAUUGAUACUGAAGGCCCUGAUGCAAAAAUCAAAGGACCUAAAUUCAGCAUGCCAACAAUUUCCGCACCCAAAGUCUCCAUGCCAGAGUUGGAUUGGAAACUAAAAGGUCCAAAGCUCAAAAGUGAUGUGGAAUUGUCUACUCCAAAGAUAGAGGGAGACAUAAAGACACCCAAGGUUGACAUCAAAGGACCAGAGGUUGAUAUUGCAGGCCCUAAGGGUGAAUUUGAAAUGCCGAAAAUCAAAAUACCCUCUUUUAACCUUAAAGGUCCCAAAGUUGAGGGUCCAGAUGUUGAUAUGAAAGUGCCCGAAGCAAACAUCGAUGUGAAAGGACCGAAAGUUGACAUUAAAGCUCCAGGAAUUGAUAUUGAAGGCCCUGAUACAAAAAUCAAAGGACCCAAAUUCAGCAUGCCAACAAUUUCCGCACCCAAAGUCUCCAUGCCAGAGUUGGAUUGGAAACUAAAAGGUCCAAAACUCAACAGUGGUGUGGAAUUGUCUACUCCAAAGAUAGAGGGAGACAUAAAGACACCCGAGGUUGACAUCAAAAGACCAGAUGUUGACAUUGUGGGGCCUAAGGGUGGAUUUGAAAUGCCGAAAAUCAAAAUACCAUCUAUUGGUAUCAAAGUCCCUGAGUUUGACAUCAAAGGAGCCGAUAUUGACAUUGAAAGUCCAAGUGGCAAAAUGAAAGGACCUAAAUUAAACAUGCCAGCAUUUUCAGGACCAAAAGUCUCCAUGCCUGUUGUUGACUUGAAUUUAAAAGGUCCCAAGCUUAAAGGUGAUGCGGUUUUGACAGUUCCAGAAAUAGAGGGAGACUUAAAAACACCUGAAGUCAAGCUCAAAGGUCAUGAUAUUGAUUUUGAAUCUCCCGCCGGAGAUGUUACAGGACCAAAAUUUAAGUUACCAACAUUAUCUGGACCUAAAAUGUCAUUGCCAGAUGUUGAUAUCCACCUGAAGGGGCCAAAGUUUAAGGGUGAAUUGAAAGGGGAUGUUCAAGUGCCUAAAGCUGAAAUUGAGGCACCAGAUUUUACAGUUGAUGUUCAUCAAAUGGAGACAAAGAAAACCAAAUUUAAAAUGCCUAAGUUUGGAUUCAAGGGUUCAAAGAUAAAGACCCCAGAGACAGAUGUGAAAUUUGCACAAGGGGACAUCAGAAUCAAGGGAAAAACCAGCAGCUCUGAAGGAAUUGAUGUUGACUUUGGAUUAACUGGGCCAAAAACAAAAGGUUCCAAAUUCAAGAUGCCAAAAUUUGGUUUCAAAGGCCCAAAGUCUGAAAUGCCAGAAGUUGAUCUUAAUCUUUCCAAUGCUGGCAGAGAUAUAAAAACUGCAGAUGUUGACAUCGUAGGACCCAAUGUUAAAAUUGAGACAACAGGACCCAAAUUCAAGUUGCCAACCAUGUCAGGGCCAAAAAUUACAAUGCCAGAUGUGGAUUUCAAUCUGAGAGGGCCCAAUCUCAAAGGUGAUGUGGACAUAUCUGUUCCAAAGAUUGAAGGAGACAUAAGAGCACCUGAAGUUGACUUAAAAGGUGUAGAUAUUGAUGUCGAAGGGACAAAGGGUGGAUUUGACAUGCCUAAAUUCAAAAUGCCCUCAUUUGGUAUGAAGGCUGCAACAUUGGAAGGUCCAGACGUCAAUGUAAAACUCCCCAAGGGUAAUAUUGAUGUUGAUACACCUAAGAUUGAUAUUGAAGUGCCACAAUUUGACGUUGAAGGUCCUAAUGCAAAACUCAAAGGACCCACGAUCAACCUGCCAUCGCUUUCAGGACCCAACCUGCCAGGCUGGGACAUUAGCCGGAAAGGACUCAGAGUAAAAGGAGACGUCGAUGUGUCAGUUCCAAAGAUUGAAGGUGACAUCAAAGCUCCCAAGGUUGACAUUGAAGGGCCCGACGUUGACAUUAAGAGUCCUAGUGGCAAGAUCACAGGACCAAAAUUCAAAAUGCCAAACAUCUCAGGACCAAAAAUCCAUAUGCCAAGUGUGGAUUUCAAUCUGAGAGGGCCCAAUCUCAAAGGUGAUGUGGAUAUGUCCGUUCCAAAGAUAGAAGGAGACAUAAGAGCACCUGAAGUAGACUUAAAAGGUGCAGAUAUCGAUAUUGAAGAGCCAAAGGGUGGAUUUAACAUCCCUAAAUUCAAAAUGCCCUCAUUUGGCAUGAAGGAUGCAACAUUGGAAGGUCCAGAUGUCAAUGUCAAACUCCCCAAGGCUAAUAUUGAUGUUGAUGCACCUAAGAUUGAUAUUGAAGGGCCACAAUUUGACAUUGAAGGUCCUGAUGCAAAACUCAAACGACCCAAGAUGAACUUGCCAUCACUUUCAGGACCCAACCUGCCAGGCUGGGACAUUAGCCUGAAAGGACCCAAAGUAAAAGGAGACGUUGAUGUGUCAGUUCCAAAGAUCGAAGGUGACAUCAAAGCUCCCAAGGUUGACAUUGAAGGGCCAGAAUUUGAAAUGAAGAGUCCUAGCGGCAAGAUCAAAGGACCAAAAUUCAAAAUGCCAACCAUCUCAGGACCAAACAUCAACAUGCCAAGUGUGGAUUUCAAUCUGAAAGGGCCCAAUCUCAAAGGUGAUGUGGAUAUGUCCAUUCCAAAGAUAGAAGGAGACAUAAGAGCACCUGAAGUAGACUUCAAAGAUGCAGAUAUCGAUAUUGAAGGGCCAAAGGGUGGAUUUAACAUCCCUAAAUUUAAAAUGCCCUCAUUUGGCAUGAAAGGUGCAACAUUGGAAGGUCCAGAUGUCAAUGUCAAACUCCCCAAGGCUAAUAUUGAUGUUGAUGCACCUAAGAUUGAUAUUGAAGGGCCACAAUUUGACAUUGAAGGUCCUGAUGCAAAACUCAAAGGACCCAAAAUCAACUUGCCAUCACUUUCAGGACCCAACCUGCCAGGCUGGGACGUUAGCCUGAAAGGACCCAAAGUAAAAGGAGAUGUCGAUGUGUCGGUUCCAAAGAUCGAAGGUGACAUCAAAGCUCCCAAGGUUGACAUUGAAGGGCCAGACUUUGACAUGAAGAGUCCUAGUGGCAAGAUCAAAGGACCAAAAUUCAAAAUGCCGACCAUUUCAGGACCAAACAUCCACAUGCCGAAUGUGGAUUUCAAUUUGAAAGGGCCCAAUCUCAAAGGUGAUGUGGAUAUGUCCGUUCCAAAGAUAGAAGGAGACAUUGGAGGACCCGAAGUUGACUUAAAAGGUGCAGAUAUCGAUAUUGAAGGGACAAAGGGUGGAUUUCACAUGCCUAAAUUCAAAAUGCCUUCAUUUGGCAUGAAGGGUGCAACAUUGGAAGGUCCAGAUGUCAAUGUAAAACUCCCCAAGGCUAAUGUUGAUGUUGAUGCACCUAAGAUUGAUAUUGAAGGGCCACAAUUUGACAUUGAAGGUCCUGAUGCAAAACUCAAAGGACCCAAGAUCAACUUGCCAUCACUUUCAGGACCCAACCUGCCAGGCUGGGACAUUAGCCUGAAAGGACCCAAAGUAAAAGGAGACGUCGAUGUGUCAGUUCCAAAGAUCGAAGGUGACAUCAAAGCUCCCAAGGUUGACAUUGAAGGGCCAGACUUUGACAUGAAGAGUCCUAGUGGCAAGAUCAAAGGACCAAAAUUCAAAAUGCCAACCAUCUCAGGACCAAACAUCAACAUGCCAAGUGUGGAUUUCAAUCUGAAAGGGCCCAAUCUCAAAAGUGAUGUGGAUAUGUCCGUUCCAAAGAUAGAAGGAGACAUAAGAGCACCUGAAGUAGACUUCAAAGAUGCAGAUAUCGAUAUUGAAGGGACAAAGGGUGGAUUUCACAUGCCUAAAUUCAAAAUGCCCUCAUUUGGCAUGAAGGGUGCAACAUUGGAAGGUCCAGAUGUCAAUGUAAAACUCCCCAAGGCUAAUAUUGAUGUUGAUGCACCUAAGAUUGAUAUUGAAGGGCCUGAUGCAAAACUCAAAGGACCCAAGAUCAACUUGCCAUCACUUUCUGGACCCAACCUGCCAGGCUGGGACAUUAGCCUGAAAGGACCCAAAGUAAAAGGAGACGUCGAUGUGUCAGUUCCAAAGAUCCAAGGUGACAUCAAAGCUCCCAAGGUUGACAUUGAAGGGCCAGACUUUGACAUGAAGAGUCCUAGUGGCAAGAUCAAAGGACCAAAAUUCAAAAUGCCAACCAUCUCAGGACCAAACAUCAACAUGCCAAGUGUGGAUUUCAAUCUGAAAGGGCCCAAUCUCAAAAGUGAUGUGGAUAUGUCCGUUCCAAAGAUAGAAGGAGACAUAAGAGCACCUGAAGUAGACUUCAAAGAUGCAGAUAUCGAUAUUGAAGGGACAAAGGGUGGAUUUCACAUGCCUAAAUUCAAAAUGCCCUCAUUUGGCAUGAAGGGUGCAACAUUGGAAGGUCCAGAUGUCAAUGUAAAACUCCCCAAGGCUAAUAUUGAUGUUGAUGCACCUAAGAUUGAUAUUGAAGGUCCUGAUGCAAAACUCAAAGGACCCAAGAUCAACUUGCCAUCACUUUCUGGACCCAACCUGCCAGGCUGGGACAUUAGCCUGAAAGGACCCAAAGUAAAAGGAGACGUCGAUGUGUCAGUUCCAAAGAUCGAAGGUGACAUCAAAGCUCCCAAGGUUGACAUUGAAGGGCCAGACUUUGACAUGAAGAGUCCUAGUGGCAAGAUCAAAGGACCAAAAUUCAAAAUGCCAACCAUCUCAGGACCAAACAUCAACAUGCCAAGUGUGGAUUUCAAUCUGAAAGGGCCCAAUCUCAAAAGUGAUGUGGAUAUGUCCGUUCCAAAGAUAGAAGGAGACAUAAGAGCACCUGAAGUAGACUUCAAAGAUGCAGAUAUCGAUAUUGAAGGGACAAAGGGUGGAUUUCACAUGCCUAAAUUUAAAAUGCCCUCAUUUGGCAUGAAGGGUGCAACAUUGGAAGGUCCAGAUGUCAAUGUAAAACUCCCCAAGGCUAAUAUUGAUGUUGAUGCACCUAAGAUUGAUAUUGAAGGGCCUGAUGCAAAACUCAAAGGACCGAAGAUCAACUUGCCAUCACUUUCUGGACCCAACCUGCCAGGCUGGGACAUUAGCCUGAAAGGACCCAAAGUUUUAAAAGGAGACGUCGAUGUGUCAGUUCCAAAGAUCGAAGGUGACAUCAAAGCUCCCAAGGUUGACAUUGAAGGGCCAGACUUUGACAUGAAGAGUCCUAGUGGCAAGAUCAAAGGACCAAAAUUCAAAAUGCCAACCAUCUCAGGACCAAACAUCAACAUGCCAAGUGUGGAUUUCAAUCUGAAAGGGCCCAAUCUCAAAAGUGAUGUGGAUAUGUCCGUUCCAAAGAUAGAAGGAGACAUAAGAGCACCUGAAGUAGACUUCAAAGAUGCAGAUAUCGAUAUUGAAGGGACAAAGGGUGGAUUUCACAUGCCUAAAUUCAAAAUGCCCUCAUUUGGCAUGAAGGGUGCAACAUUGGAAGGUCCAGAUGUCAAUGUAAAACUCCCCAAGGCUAAUAUUGAUGUUGAUGCACCUAAUAUUGACAUUGAAGGUCCUGAUGCAAAACUCAAAGGACCCAAGAUCAACUUGCCAUCACUUUCUGGACCCAACCUGCCAGGCUGGGACAUUAGCCUGAAAGGACCCAAAGUAAAAGGAGACGUUGAUGUGUCAGUUCCAAAGAUCGAAGGUGACAUCAAAGCUCCCAAGGUUGACAUUGAAGGGCCAGACUUUGACAUGAAGAGUCCUAGUGGCAAGAUCACAGGACCAAAAUUCAAAAUGCCGACCAUUUCAGGACCAAACAUCCACAUGCCGAAUGUGGAUUUCAAUUUGAGAGGGCCCAAUCUCAAAGGUGAUGUGGAUAUGUCCGUUCCAAAGAUAGAAGGAGACAUAGGAGCACCCGAAGUUGACUUAAAAGGUGCAGAUAUCGAUAUGGAAGGGACAAAGGGUGGAUUUCACAUGCCUAAAUUCAAAAUGCCUUCAUUUGGCAUGAAGGGUCCAAAAUUGGAAGGUCCAGAUGUCAAUGUAAAACUCCCCAAGGCUAAUUUUGAUGUUGAUGCACCUAAGAUUGAUAUUGAAGGGCCACAAUUUGACAUUGAAGGUCCUGAUGCAAAACUCAAAGGACCCAAGAUCAACCUGCCAUCACUUUCAGGACCCAACCUGCCAGGCUGGGACAUUAGCCUGAAAGGACCCAAAGUAAAAGGAGAUGUCGAUGUGUCAGUUCCAAAGAUCGAAGGUGACAUCAAAGCUCCCAAAGUUGACAUUGAAGGGCCAGACUUUGAUAUGAAGAGUCCUAGUGGCAAGAUCACAGGACCAAAAUUCAAAAUGCCGACCAUUUCAGGACCAAACAUCCACAUGCCGAAUUUGGAUUUCAAUUUGAAAGGGCCCAAUCUCAAAGGCGAUGUGGAUAUGUCCGUUCCAAAGAUAGAAGGAGACAUAGGAGCACCCGAAGUUGACUUAAAAGGUGCAGAUAUCGAUAUUGAAGGGACAAAGGGUGGAUUUCACAUGCCUAAAUUCAAAAUGCCCUCAUUUGGCAUGAAGGGUCCAACAUUGGAAGGUCCAGAUGUCAAUGUAAAACUCCCCAAGGCUAAUAUUGAUGUUGAUGCACCUAAGAUUGACAUUGAAGGUCCUGAUGCAAAACUCAAAGGACCCAAGAUCAACUUGCCAUCACUUUCUGGUCCCAACCUGCCAGGCUGGGACAUUAGCCUGAAAGGACCCAAAGUAAAAGGAGACGUUGAUGUGUCAGUUCCAAAGAUCGAAGGUGACAUCAAAGCUCCCAAGGUUGACAUUGAAGGGCCAGACUUUGACAUGAAGAGUCCUAGUGGCAAGAUCACAGGACCAAAAUUCAAAAUGCCGACCAUUUCAGGACCAAACAUCCACAUGCCAAGUGUGGAUUUCAAUUUGAAAGGGCCCAAUUUCAAAGGUGAUGUGGAUAUGUCCGUUCCAAAGAUAGAAGGAGACAUAGGAGCACCCGAAGUUGACUUAAAAGGUGCAGAUAUCGAUAUGGAAGGGACAAAGGGUGGAUUUCACAUGCCUAAAUUCAAAAUGCCCUCAUUUGGCAUGAAGGGUCCAAAAUUGGAAGGUCCAGAUGUCAAUGUAAAACUCCCCAAGGCUAAUUUUGAAGUUGAUGCACCUAAGAUUGAUAUUGAAGGGCCACAAUUUGACAUUGAAGGUCCUGAUGCAAAACUCAAAGGACCCAAGAUCAACUUGCCAUCACUUUCAGGACCCAACCUGCCAGGCUGGGACAUUAGCCUGAAAGUACCCAAAGUAAAAGGAGACGUCGAUGUGUCAGUUCCAAAGAUCAAAGGUGACAUCAAAGCUCCUAAGGUUGACAUUGAAGGGCCAGACUUUGACAUGAAGAGUCCUAGUGGCAAGAUCACUGGACCAAAAUUCAAAAUGCCAACCAUCUCAGGACCAAACAUCAACAUGCCAAGUCUGGAUUUCAAUCUGAGAGGGCCCAAUCUCAAAGGUGAUGUGGAUAUGUCCAUUCCGAAGAUAGAAGGAGAAAUAGGAGCACCCGAAGUUGACUUACAAGGUGCAGAUAUCGAUAUUGAAGGGACAAAGGGUGGAUUUCACAUGCCUAAAUUCAAAAUGCCCUCAUUUGGCAUGAAGGGUCCAAAAUUGGAAGGUCCAGACGUCAAUGUAAAACUCCCCAAGGCUAAUAUUGAUGUUGAUGCACCUGAGAUUGAUAUUGAAGGGCCACAAUUUGACGUUGAAGGUCCUGAUGCAAAACUCAAAGGACCCAAGCUCAACCUGCCAUCAUUUUCAGGACACAAGCUGCCAGGUUGGGACGUUAGCCUGAAAGGACCCAAAGUAAAAGGAGAUGUCGAUGUGUCAGUUCCAAAGAUCGAAGGUGACAUCAAAGUUCCCAAGGUUGACAUUGAAGGGCCAGACUUUGACAUGAAGAGUCCUAGUGGCAAGAUCACAGGACCAAAAUUCAAAAUGCCAACAAUCUCAGGACCAAACAUUCAAAUGCCAAGUGUGGAUUUCAAUCUGAGAGGGCCCAAUCUCAAAGGUGAUGUGGAUAUGUCCAUUCCAAAGAUAGAAGGAGACAUAGGAGCACCCGAAGUUGACUUACAAGGUGCAGAUAUCGAUAUUGAAGGGAUAAAGGGUGGAUUUCACAUGCCUAAAUUCAAAAUGCCCUCAUUUGGCAUGAAGGGUCCAAAAUUGGAAGGUCCAGAUGUCAAUGUAAAACUCCCCAAGGCUAAUAUUGAUGUUGAUGCACCUGAGAUUGAUAUUGAAGGGCCACAAUUUGACGUUGAAGGCCCUGAUGCAAAACUCAAAGGACCCAAGCUCAACCUGCCAUCAUUUUCAGGACAAAAGCUGCCAGGUUGGGACGUUAGCCUGAAAGGACCUAAAGUAAAAGGAGAUGUUGAUGUGUCAGUUCCAAAGAUCGAAGGUGAAAUCAAAGCUCCCAAGGUUGACAUUGAAGGGCCAGACUUUGACAUGAAGAGUCCUAGUGGCAAGAUCACAGGACCAAAAUUCAAAAUGCCAACCAUCUCAGGACCAAACAUCCAAUUGCCAACCAUCUCAGGACCAAACAUCCAAAUGCCAAGUGUGGACUUCAAUCUGAGAGGGCCUAAUCUCAAAGGUGAUGUGGAUAUGUCCGUUCCAAAGAUAGAAGGAGACAUAGGAGCACCCGAAGUUGAUUUCAAAGGUGCAGAUAUCGAUAUUGAAGGGACAAAGGGUGGAUUUCACAUGCCUAAAUUCAAAAUGCCCUCAUUUGGCAUGAAGGGUCCAAAAUUGGAAGGUCCAGAUGUCAAUGUAAAACUCCCCAAGGCUAAUAUUGAUGUUGAUGCACCUGAGAUUGAUAUUGAAGGGCCACAAUUUGACGUUGAAGGUCCUGAUGCAAAACUCAAAGGACCCAAGAUCAACUUGCCAUCACUUUCAGGACACAAGCUGCCAGGUUGGGACGUUAGUCUGAAAGGACCCAAAGUAAAAGGAGACGUCGAUGUGUCAGUUCCAAAGAUUGAAGGUGACAUCAAAGCUCCCAAGGUUGACAUUGAAGGGCCAGACUUUGACAUGAAGAGUCCUAGUGGCAAGAUCACAGGACCAAAAUUCAAAAUGCCAACCAUCUCAGGACCAAACAUCCAAAUGCCAAGUGUGGAUUUCAAUCUGAGAGGGCCAAAUCUCAAAGGUGAUGUGGAUAUGUCCGUUCCAAAGAUAGAAGGAGACAUAAGAGCACCUGAAGCAGACUUCAAAGGUGCAGAUAUUGAUAUUGAAGGACCAAAGGGUGGAUUUAACAUGCCUAAAUUCAAAAUGCCCACAUUUGGCAUGAAGGGUGCAACAUUGGAAGGUCCAGAUGGCAAUGUAAAACUCCCCAAGGCUAAUAUUGAUGUUGAUGCACCCAAGAUUGAUAUUGAAGGGCCCCAAUUUGACAUUGAAGGGCCAGACUUUGACAUGAAGAGUCCUAGUGGCAAGAUCAAAGGAGCAAAAUUCAAAAUGCCAACCAUUUCAGGACCCAAAAUUCAUAUGCCGAAUGUGGAUUUCAAUUUGAAAGGGCCCAAUCUCAAAGGGGAUGUGGAUAUGUCCAUUCCAAAGAUAGAAGGAGAUAUAGGAGCACCCGAAGUUGACUUAAAAGGUGCAGAUAUUGAUGUUGAAGGGACAAAGGGUGGAUUUCACAUGCCUAAAUUCAAAAUGCCCUCAUUUGGCAUGAAGGGUCCAAAAUUGGAAGGUCCAGAUGUCAAUGUAAAACUCCCCAAGGGUAAUAUUGAUGUUGAUGCACCUAAGAUUGAUUUUGAAGGGCCACAAUUUGACGUUGAAUGUCCCGAUGCAAAACUCAAAGGACCCAAGCUCAACCUGCCAUCACUUUCAGGACCCAACCUGCCAGGCUGGGACAUUAGCCUGAAAGGACCCAAAGUAAAAGGAGACAUCGAUGUGUCCGUUCCAAAGAUCGAAGGUGACAUCAAAGCUCCCAAGGUGGACAUUGAAGGGCCAGACUUUGACAUGAAGAGUCCUAGUGGCAAGAUCAAAGGACCAAAAUUCAAAAUGCCAACCAUUUCAGGACCAAACAUCAACAUGCCAAGUGUGGAUUUCAAUCUGAAAGGGCCCAAUCUCAAAGGUGAUGUGGAUAUGUCCGUUCCAAAGAUAGAUGGAGACAUAGGAGCACCCGAAGUUGACUUAAAAGGUGCAGAUAUUGAUAUUGGAGGGACAAAGGGUGGAUUUCACAUGCCUAAAUUCAAAAUGCCCUCAUUUGGCAUGAAGGGUCCAAAAUUGGAAGGUCCAGAUGUCAAUGUAAAACUCCCCAAGGGUAAUAUUGAUGUUGAUGCACCUAAGAUUGAUUUUGAAGGGCCACAAUUUGACGUCGAAUGUCCCGAUGCAAAACUCAAAGGACCCAAGAUCAACCUGCCAUCACUUUCAGGACCCAACCUGCCAGGCUGGGACAUUAGCCUGAAAGGACCCAAAGUAAAAGGAGACGUCGAUGUGUCCGUUCCAAAGAUCGAAGGUGACAUCAAAGCUCCCAAGGUUGACAUUGAAGGGCCAGACUUUGACAUGAAGAGUCCUAGUGGCAAGAUCACAGGACCAAAAUUCAAAAUGCCAACCAUCUCAGGACCAAACAUCCAAAUGCCAAGUGUGGAUUUCAAUCUGAGAGGGCCCAAUCUCAAAGGUGAUGUGGAUAUGUCCGUUCCAAAGAUAGAAGGAGACAUAGGAGCACCCGAAGUUGACUUAAAAGGUGCAGAUAUUGAUAUUGAAGGGACAAAGGGUGGAUUUCACAUGCCUAAAUUCAAAAUGCCUUCAUUUGGCAUGAAGGGUGCAACAUUGGAAGGUCCAGAUGUCAAUGUAAAACUCCCCAAGGCUAAUAUUGAUGUUGAUGCACCUAAGAUUGAUAUUGAAGGGCCACAAUUCGACAUUGAAGGGCCAGACUUUGACAUGAAGAGUCCUAGUGGCAAGAUCAAAGGACCAAAAUUGAAAAUGCCAACCAUUUCAGGACCAAACAUCAACAUGCCAAGUGUGGAUUUCAAUCUGAAAGGGCCCAAUCUCAAAGGUGAUGUGGAUAUGUCCGUUCCAAAGAUAGAAGGAGACAUAGGAGCACCCGAAGUUGACUUAAAAGGUGCAGAUAUUGAUAUUGAAGGGACAAAGGGUGGAUUUCACAUGCCUAAAUUCAAAAUGCCCUCAUUUGGCAUGAAGGGUCCAAAAUUGGAAGGUCCAGAUGUCAAUGUAAAACUCCCCAAGGCUAAUAUUGAUGUUGAUGCACCUAAGAUUGACAUUGAAGGGCCACAAUUUGACAUUGAAGGUCCUGAUGCAAAACUCAAAGGACCCAAGAUCAACUUGCCAUCACUUUCAGGACCCAACCUGCCAGGCUGGGACAUUAGCCUGAAAGGACCCAAAGUAAAAGGAGACGUUGAUGUGUCAGUUCCAAAGAUUGAAGGUGACAUCAAAGCUCCCAAGGUUGACAUUGAAGGGCCAGACUUUGACAUGAAGAGUCCUAGUGGCAAGAUCACAGGACCAAAAUUCAAAAUGCCAACCAUCUCAGGACCAAACAUCAACAUGCCAAGUGUGGAUUUCAAUCUGAAAGGGCCCAAUCUCAAAGGUGAUGUGGAUAUGUCCGUUCCAAAGAUAGAAGGAGACAUAAGAGCACCUGAAGUAGACUUCAAAGGUGCAGAUAUCGAUAUUGAAGGGCCAAAGGGUGGAUUUAACAUCCCUAAAUUCAAAAUGCCCUCAUUUGGCAUGAAGGGUGCAACAUUGGAAGGUCCAGAUGUCAAUGUAAAACUCCCCAAGGCUAAUAUUGAUGUUGAUGCUCCUAAGAUUGAUAUUGAAGGGCCACAAUUUGACAUGGAAGGUCCUAAUGCAAAAGUCAAAGGACCCAAGAUCAACUUGCCAUCACUUUCAGGACCCAAACUGCCAGGCUGGGACAUUAGCCUGAAAGGACCCAAAGUAAAAGGAGACGUCGAUGUGUCAGUUCCAAAGAUCGAAGGUGACUUAACAGCUCCCAAGGUUGACAUUCAAGGACCAGAUGUUGACUUUGAAAGACAAAAAGGAGGUUUCAAAAUGCCUACAUUUAAAAUGCCUUCCUUUGGAUUUCAAGGCCAAAGUGUUGAAGGGCCAGAUGUAAAUGUCAGCCUCCCUGAAUCUGAAAUUGAUAUUAAAGCCCCUGAAUUGGAUAUCAAAGGACCACAAGUUGAGUUGGAGUGUCCGACUGGUCAGAUCAAGGGGUCAAAGUUCAAAAUGCCAAACAUCUCAGGACCAAACAUUUCUAUGCCAGACUUCAAAGGUGAUGUGGACUUGUCAGUUGCAAAGAUUGAAAAAGACAUAAGAGUUCCUGAAGUGGACAUCAGAGUUCCACAGAUUGACGUUGAUGGGUCAAACCGUGGAUUUGACAUGCCUAAAUUCAACAUGCCGUCACUCAACAUUAAAGGUCCAAAAAUGGAGGGUCCUAAUAUUGAUACAAAACUUCCCAAUGCUAAUAUUGAUUUGAAAGCACCUGACAUUGACUUUAAAGCUCCAGAAAUUAACAUUGAAGGCCCAGAUGCAACAAUUAAAGGACCCAAAGUUAAGAUACCAGCCAUAAAAGGACCAACACUGCCAGACUUUGAUAUGAAUCUUAAAGGUGAUACGAGUUUUUCACCUCCACAUAUUGAGGCAGAUAUAAAACCACCUGCCAUUGAUAUUAAAGGUCCACAGGUUGAAGGAUUUAAGGGCGGAAUUGAAAUACCAUCACUGAACAUUAAAGGUCCAAAAUUGGAGGGUCCAGCCAUUGACCUAAAUCUCCCCAAAUCUAACAUAGAUUUUAAAGCACCGGAUGUAAACCUCAAAGGGCGUAAAAUAAAAUGUGAGAUGGAUGCUUCAAUGCACAAAUUGGAAGGGGAUAUCAAAGAUCCAAAUGCCAACAUUAAAACACCAACUAUCACAAUUGAAGGUGGAAAAACAGGUGUUACAUUUCCCAAAUUCAAGGGUCCUAAGUUCGGAAUGAAAUCCCUUGAAGUGGGGGGGCCUGAAUCCAUGGUAAAGAAACCCAUGAUCAGUGUAGGAGCAAAAGGUUCAAGAACAGAAGUACAACUCCCAGAUAAUGAAGCAAGUCUGGAUGCCCCCGAUUUUGACGUCAAUGUAAAGGGGAAAAAGGGGAAAUUUAAACUUCCAAAAGUGAAAGCAACAGCAAAGAAACAUGAUCUUGACAUAGAAACACCAGCAGUAUCUCUCGAUGUAGAGACACACAAUAUCAAUGCUAAAGGAACAAAGGUAAAGAAGCCUCUUUUUGGUAAGCUUCAUUUUCCUGAUGUGGAAUUAGAUAUCAAAUCACCCAAAGUAAAAGGCGAUGGAUCUUUUUCAGAGGGACUGAAAUCACCUGAUAUAGAAUUGCCAUCUGCUAGCCUGAACACUAACAUUGAGGGUUCUGGUAUUGACAGACCAAACUUUAGUUUGGAGGCAUCAGAUGUGAAAUUAAAGACUCCUAAUAUUAAAUUGACAAAUGUAAAAGGGGGUGCAGAGAUUGAUCCACAUAUUUCAGGGGGCAGUUCACAUGGUAGCCAUCAAUACCCAGAGGGCACAGUAACAUUUCCAAAAAUCAAGGUACCAAAAUUUGGUAUUGCUCUCCCUGAGCUAGAAGGCCAAGAGCAUGGAAGAAAUGUUGAAUCUGAACUUUUAUCUAGUGGAGGAAUAAAUUUGCAGUCUCCAUCUGUCAGCUGUCAAGCCAGUUCACAAGAUGUUGAGGCUCCCAGUCCAGAGCUAAAGUACAGGGAAGGCAAAGUAAAGGUAAAGAUGCCAAAGUUGUUUGGCAAAUCAAAAGCAAAAGGCGGUAGUGCAGGUGACAUCCGGGUACCAGAGGUAGCAUUGAGUACAAGUGGAAAAGGCAGUAAAGACCUAAAUGUACACACUGGGGAAGUGAUGGGAGGAAAAUUAGAGCUAGGUGAUCCUGGACUUGGUGUGUCAACUAAAGGCAAGUCAGCCUCACUGGAUCUAUUCAAGAAAUCAAGGCAUCGGUCUUCUUUGAGUGAUGAAGGGGGGCUUGCAGUCAGUUCUCCUUCAAUUCACUUAGAAGCUGAGGGUGGUGACAUUCCAUUAGACCUAGGAGGAACGAAAGUCAAAGGAAAGAAAAGCAAGUUGAAGUUCGGCACCUUUGGAGGUUUUGGUUCAAAGUCAAAGGGCUCAUAUGAAGUGACACUUGGUGAGGAAAGUGAGAGAGAGGUUGAGGGUAGCACAAGUCUUCCCCAACCCUCUAAAAAGUCAAGAUUGUCUUCAUCUUCCAGCAGUGACAGUGGUUCAAGGGGUGGUUUUAGGUUCCCAAGACUUGAAUUAUCUGUCUCACCAAAAAAAUGAUUGUGAGGCAAAUUAAACUAUCUCAUGUACACUUAAAUUCUUUCUCCUAGUAUGGUAAAUUCUUCAAAAUUUAAAACCUAAGGAGACUUACACAGGCAUCAUUAAUCAUUCUUUGUUUUUCACUAUUAGACGGGAGUGCAUGAGAUUGUUUAAAAUCCCUUUAAACUGUAAAUAAUAUUAAUUUGUAUUGUAAUAAUAAAUAUUGUUUUUGUACAUAUUCCAGAUUUAUUGAACAUAUGCCAUCUCACCAAAUAUCAACCAUUUGUUUAUUGCAGGGUUUUUCAUUAUGUCCUAUUUCAUUCUAUAAAAUGAAUGUUAAUGAUUGGGUGUGUUAUAUUUCUAUCCAGGUGUCUAUUGCACAGAACAGUUACAAUAGUUAUUUUGAAGGAAAAUCUUGCUUAUACACCCACACAGAUAUAAACUGUUGCCACUUUUUUAAUGUAAGAAAUGAUUUUAUUUUCAAGCUUUGUUAUCAUAAUCAGUGCAGAAGUAUAUAUACGAAACAUAGAGCUGGCCCUAACACGUUCACGUUUAUAGAGUGAUGAUGUAUAUAACAAUUGCAAAGUCAGUCACUCUUUCGAAAGCAUCAAAAUUCUGCUACUACUUCUCUUCAUUUUUUAAAGAAAAUUUAUUUACCUAAAUUCUAUGCGAUUUUCCAAAAUAUUAAUUUGUUUCAUGUCAUUUUUGUUCUUACCUGUAUUUUAUUUCCUUUGUCAAUCUCUACACUCGAUGAUUAUGUAAAACAAUGUCACGAAUAAACAUUUUGAUGUUGUCACUUUCUGAUGUUUGUAAACAAAAUCUGCAUUGAUAGAUUCCCAUAGUUUUGAUGAGAUAUGAUGGAGAUGGAAUAUACUUUGGAUCUACUAUUUUGUGUGCAUUCUGCCAAAUAUACUGAAUAAAACAAUUUAUAGAAUUUA